CCUUGGAGGUGACGAACUAAAAUUCAAAGUCGACACGGGAUCUCAAGCUAACCUCAUACCGUAUUCAGCCUACAGGAAGCUGCGGCCAAUGCCGCCUGUCAAACGCAGCAACACCACUUUGCGGUCAUACGAUGGGGCCAUCAUCAAACACCUAGGCGUCAUCAGCCAAGAAGUAGUCAUCGGUGACAGACGCCAGCACUUGGACUUCUUCGUCUCCAAGAAAGGAAGACAGGCACUGCUCGGGCUCAAGGCAAGUGAAAUGCUCGGGCUAGUUACCAGGACAGUCGACACAGUAGCAGCAAGCAGCUCCGAACAAGUAAUGCAGGAAUUCGGCGAGCUAUUCGAAGGCACCGGCUGCGUACAGCGACACUACAAGAUGGUCCUGUCUGCGGAUGCUGUCCCAGUGGUUCAAGCUGCCCGACGAGUUCCUUUGGCCCUAAAAGAACCACUUCGCAACGAGCUGAAGCGGAUGGAGCAAGCGGGCAUCGUGACAAAGGUCAACGAACCGACUGAAUGGGAAAAGAACUCAUCUUGGCAGACAUGCUAUCGCGAGCCACAGCCGUGAUGCCGGACCAGGGCGAUGCGGACGCUGAUGACGAUGUGGAAAUCCAUGCU